CGAAUACAGAUACAGUCAAUCUAAAAACAGACAGAGAGACAAACCAACCAACAACCAGAUAUGACACAGAGAGAUACACUGCAUAAAAGAAAAUUAUUAUUUCAAGCCAAAUGGUGGAAUGUGCUAACAAUAACACAACGUAUUAAACUGUGUACAUUUUUAUGUUUAUAUUUUUUUGGUGGAAUAAUGUUCAUAUCUGGAGUAAUCUCAGAUAAUUUUAUGAAACAAGAAUUAGAAUUACGUGUGGUAAAGUCUUCAAUAUCUGAAUAUCAAGAUAUUAAUUAUACAUUCAAGUUAACUGCAUCAAAUGGUUUUUGGUUUGAAGUUGAUAAAUCAACUUUGACAUUUCAAGAACCAUCAUCAAAAGAAGAUUUAAAGUAUAUUAAUGAAGAAGGCUUAAAUGAAUGGCAAGACUAUUUAUCUAAAUUAAAAUGUUCUGCAUUACAAAUAUGGUAUAAAUGUAUGUUAACAUGUGAAGCAUAUGUGACACGUAAUUUUGCUUUAAUUUUUGUAUUUAUUGGUUGUAUAUUCUAUCAAUUCAGUAUGUAUAUACUUUAUAUAAAUCGUAUCCGAAUGAUACGUACAACUUUAAUUGGUAUCACUUUCAUUAUAACUGGUUUCAUCUUAUUAUAUUUAAGUUUAUGGGAAUUUCAAGAGUGUAUUGAAGAGAAACAACCGUCUACAUUAAGUGAAAUGAGAAGUCAACGUGUGGAAGAAUUAUUCUGUUGUUCUAUUGGUAUUAAUUAUCAAAAUUUUCUAAUUUUAUCCAUUGUACAGACAUUUUGUGUUAUCCCAAUGUAUUUAAUCGGUAUAGAUAUCAUUGUAUUUGAUUCAGCGAAAUUUUAGGCAAUUAAAAAUAAUCGUUAUAACAAAAAAAAUAAAAGUAUAAAGUUAAAACAAAAGACUUCUGUUUCGUGGUGGUGGUGUAUGUUCCAACGAAUUAUUAUUAUUAUUCUCAUAUAUUCACACAGUUCAAUACUGCAUUAGUAACAGAAUAAUAUAUGUAUAUCUGGACAUUCUAUUGUAACGACAAAAGGGUUAGGG